AGGCAGUGGGUGAGGCCUACAGCAUCUGUGGUCCCAGUCACGUGCGAGCCUAUCACCACCAUCACAUGACCGCGACACCUUUUGACGGCAACAACCUUUUUCCGGGCCUGCACGUCAGUCGAGGGCAACACCAGCCACCGCAGGGAGCGAGCUGUAGGUUGCUGCGCGACGCGCCAUAUUGUAGAGAGGGAAAGAAGUAAAAAGACAACAUGGCCUGGUGCACACGGCACACUACCGCCUGCCUUCUGCUUGUGUGCGGGGCCCUGGCAGUAGUAGAAGCGUCCAAACUGAACGUCCUCUUCCUGGUGGUGGAUGACCUACGACCUCAGCUGGGCUGCUAUGGCCAAACCUUUAUGUCGACACCCAAUGUGGACCAGCUGGCCUCUAGAAGUGUGCGCUUUAAUCGCGCGUACAUUCAGCAAGCGGUGUGCUCCCCCAGCCGCACAUCCUUCCUGACCGGCAGGCGCCCGGACACCACCCGCAUCUUUGAUUUGUCCACCUACUUCCGCAACAUCUCGGGCAACUUCACCACCUUGCCGCAACACUUCAAAAGCAGCGGCUACGUCACUCAGUCCGUGGGCAAGAUCUUUCACCCAGGAGUAGCAUCAGGAGGUACAGAUGACUACCCGUACAGCUGGUCAAACCCCGCACACCACGCUCCAUCUGAGAGUCAGCGCACGGCAAAGGUGUGUCCGGGACCGGGCGGUAACAAGUAUUUCAGCGCCAGGUGUCCGGUCAACGUGCAGGAGCAGCCGGACAAGACGCUGCCAGACAUCCAGAACACAGACUUCGCCAUCCAGUUCCUGCAGAACCGGUCUUCAGACCAAAAACCUUUCUUUCUGGCUCUGGGAUUUCACAAGCCGCACUUACCGUUCAAGUUUCCAGAGGAAUAUUUGAGUGUCUACCCAUUGUCUACAAUUCAGCCAGCACCGAAUCCCCAGUACCCUCGUAAAUUACCGGAGGUAGCCUACGCACCCUGGGAUGAGAUACGCAUCUAUGAUGAUGUCGCUGCACUGAAUCUCACCUACCCCUUCCAGCUGAUGCCAGAACAGUACCAGUUGUUACUUCGUCAAGCGUAUUACGCAGCCACAACCUACAUUGAUGCUCAGGUGGGCCGAGUGCUGGCGGCGCUGGAGCAGAACGGCUUUGCUAACAACACCAUAGUAACUUUCCACGGAGACCACGGGUGGCAGCUCGGGGAACACGAUGAGUGGUGCAAGCACACUAAUUUCGAGCUGGCGACGCGGGUGCCCAUGAUGGUGUACAUUCCGGGUGUCACUUCGCAAGCGCCCCUGGUGGCAGGGUUUUCCCUUCCGCGACGCAUUACCUUCGGCAAGUCUCGCUGUGGGUGGGAGAACGAACCGCGACACCGUCAUGCACAUGAGCAUCGAAGACGACAAUUUGCAAGCCGGGAGCCUCGCCACUGAUCUGCUGGUGGAGGCCGUGGACCUGUUUGCCACUCUCUCGGAGCUGGCGGGUUUGGAGGUUCCCCCACGUGUCCCCCCGCUCCCUUUAACAUCAGUUUAUGUACGGAAGGUUCGAGUCUCGUUCCCGUGAUCCGAAAUGUGACGGGUACAGGGGUAAACACCCCGUUACGCUGGAAGGCGGCGGUGUUCAGUCAGUACCCUCGGCCCUCGCUAAAACCAGAGAACGACAGCGACAACGCCCUGCUGAGCGACAUCCGGUUCAUGGGGUACACCAUGCGCACCGAUGAAUACCGCUACACAGAGUGGGUGGCCUAUGACCCCGCAACCUUCACUGCCAACUGGACGCACGUGUACGCGCGCGAACUGUACCUCCACACCAGCGACCCCGAAGAGAACAGCAACGUGGCUGAUGACCCCGAGUACGCUGACCUCGUGGGAAGUCUGUCCAAACAACUAAGGGAAGGCUGGAGAAAGGCUCUGCCUGGUAACGCUCACUCUUAGGUGAAUUGAAGCUGAGAACUACUCACCAUCAAGUGCCAGGGUUUCAAGCGAUGGGUUCGAAUUUCAUGAUCAACGAUCGGUAUUUAUUUCUUAGCGGUGACCUCUCGCCCCAUUAUAGUUUCCGCUCAUGAAUUACAAGCUUUGAAGAACAUGGACGUGGAGAGACGGUCGAAUCUCUCAGCUCGUUGAAACAUACAUCUAUACAUAGGUUGUAUCUAUACAUAGGUUGUCAAUGACAAACCCGGACACCUAGGUUACAGGUAUUGUACAUGACCUUGUGCGCACAGGUAAGACCGUUGAUACUGGACAGAUUUUUGCCCCUCGGGGCUCAAUUAACACCGAAAAAUAAGCUUUAAUUCUCUUUUGAAAAGAACAAUCACUUUAUGGGCUCUUUAAAGUAAUGUAGAAGUGUUAUGUAUCCUCUUCAUUCUUGGUGUUUGAAAACAUCAAGAUUAAAUAAAAUUAAAAUCUGAUUUGACAUCCAUGUUCAGCACUAUGGAAACCAUGACAACAUCUGCUACAUUUUAAUAUCUAUUAUUUUUAUAUAUUUUUUUUAGUAAAAGAAACGUUUUUCGGGAAUAGAUGACGAGUGAAGGGAAUACGAAUUGUUUACUUAUUUGUAUUUGAGUAAAGGAAUGAAGAAGUGUGACUGUAUGUUCCAACAUACAUUUUCUCGGUAACAAGUUAAAUUUAUACCUCUUCAUGAGUGACCGUGAACCCUGUUUGACCUGCAAAAGUGGAAGGAAAGAAGAAGUGGAAAAUGAGUAGUAAAAUAUAAUCUUCGGGUUGUUAUUUGCUCAUUUAUUCCACAUCACAGAUGUGUGACUAUAUUCGGUUAAUUUGUUAUCUGUGGUUUCUAACAGAGAUGUAUUUGUGAUGGUAAACAGUUUUACACAUUUUAAUGUUAUUUUGUUUGUAUUUAGGAGAGUGACAUCUGAAAUCCAUAACAAUGUAUUGCGUGGUUAUAAUGACAGACAUUGGAUGAUGUCUAAGAUUGAGUGCAAGAAGGGGGAGCCUUCCCGGACAUCACCUUAAGUUCUCACUAAUUUCAUCCUCCCCCGGCAACAGGUGUUUUAUCCUUGAAAGUAGCAACAGUCAUUCCCUGUUGUAAAAGCUGAGUUGUCUUUGUUCGCCACGAUUACCAAAGAUUGCUUAUGAUUCAUAUGCAUUACAAUAUUAAAAAUAUAAACCUUCA